GAAAGGACUGCCAACAGCGGAGGUGAGGCAAAAGUUUGCCUUAUCAAAUUUGCAUACGUUGAUGUGGUAAUGCGCGACAGCAGUUGGUUGAUAACCGAACGCUGGUGUUAUAUCUCGCGAAAGCCAUGAGCAACAACAGCCUGGUGCCGUCCAAUGAACCUGUCGGUCUGCCCGAUCCCAGGUCCCACUCGCUUUCUUUCAUCAGGCCUGGCGAAUUGAACAGACUCAGCGCCGAUGGAUCAAUCCUUUUGAAGAAUGGAGGAGGGUACGGCGGAGCGAAUGGAUUCCUUCACCAUCAGUCGUCUCCGGCCUUCCAGAAUCAUCUGCAGCUACAGCAGCAACAUAAUGCGGCGUCAGCUGGAGGAGUAGGUCAACAUCCGUCACAGGUUCACCAGUCACAGGCGCAGCAAACGGCGGCUGCGUUGAUGAUGAACGGCAAAUCGCCGUCACGCGACCUGGGCGGCGGAUCAACUCCCGUUUUGAAAAUGACGUCCGCCCACAACAACGCGGCAAACACUCAGGCUUUCCGGAAUAAUUCCGCCAGACUGGACUGCGGCGCUGGCUCGUCGAGCCACACCAACAUCGGCGGCGCUAUGAUCGGCGCUGCGGGAGUUCCAUCCAUCAUGAGCGCGUCGGCGGCCGUUCGUUCCGUGUCCCGCGAACGGCUUGUUCAAAGCCAAGUCGUCUGCCUGGCCACGUCCAACAACAGCAACAACAACAACAACAAUAAUAACACGGGUAACAGUAGUCGCGAUUUGAUGGCCCGUGACGCCCGUGAUGCAUGGGAUUACUACGGUCCGCCGCCCUCUGGCCAGCAGGCCGGCAAUAGCAGCAUGGCGAACGCGGGUCUUUCUGGCUCGUCUCCGUCGAUCGUUGGAUCGUCACCGAAGACGUUCAACGGACUGGCCAACAACGGGGCGAGCCCGUCUUACGCGACACGCCCGGCGGUGGGACCGGGCGGGCCGGCCUCUAUCAUCAAUAACGUUCGACAGACGCAACAAUCGCCUGCAGCCGGCUGCAGUGGCGGUCUUGUUCAGCAUCAGCCAUCGUUUCAGCAACCGCAACAACAGCGGCCGAAUGUCGCCGGAAUAAAUGGCAUCGCCGCAUCGGCAGCUAUAGUUGGAGGGCUACGUGACCCGCGUGAUCGUUUCUCUUUGCUCUCGUCGUCGGCCACCUCCCCUUCAUCGUCUUCGUCUCCCAAAUUGGACAAUGGAAAUGCAGCCGCCAAUAAUGGCAAUUCUCUUAUACACGCACCUUCGCCACAGAGGUUGUACAGUCCGGUUGGCCAGUGCCACCCACAGCAGCCACAUCGAAAUCAAACUCAGCAACAACAGCAGCAACAGACGAUUGGGCAACAACAACAUCAACAGCAAUUGCUGCAGGCCCAGUCUCACCACCAGCAGCAGCAACAACAACAACAACAACACGCAUCGCAAUCGUUGCAGCAAGGUUGUGUAAUUAACUCGCAGCCCCAGCAGCAUCAGCAGCAGCAGCAACAACAACAACAACAGUCUCAACAACAGCAACAGAUGAUCCAUCAUUUGCAGUAUCCUUAUUAUAAUGCCAAGUUGGAGAGUCUGACCCAUCGGAUGCCCAACCUGAGUUUCGAAGGUCUGGGUCAGCAACAACAAACGGCAGCGACGGGAUCCGCCGUGGUCAGCAGUCGGGUGACUGAACAGCCUCCUCUUUCACCCGCUCUUGUUGCUGCCUCUCCUUCAUUUUCAUCCACCACCUCCUCUUCCUCGUCCUCCUCUUCUUCUUCUUCUUCCUCCUCCUCCUCCUCCUGUUGUAUCCCAUCAACCCCGGCGGGCUCUGGUGUCUCCCCAUCAACAACAACAACAGCCACGGCAGCAGCAAUAGCAGCAGCAGCAGCGGCAGCAGCAAGUUCACAGCCAUCGGCUUCUUGUAGUAAUGGCGGCAACGGUGGUGGCAGUAGUGGGCCAUCGCCAGACACGAGCAGCAAACACGAGCCUUCGCUGCUCUUCGUGUCCGCGGGGCAUGCCGAAUCGACGGCGGCCAGCGAUCAAUCCGUCAACGCCAGGGCAACGGGCGCACCAGCCACAACCAGUCCGCUCCUAUUGCCGCCAGCAGGGCAGGUGUGUGGCAACGCGAGCCAACAGUCCAGUUCGUCGGCAGAGGUCAACGGUGCCGGUAAUUCGGAAACGAGCGCAUCGUCCUCCUCUUCCUGCUCGCCCCCCUCGGAUAACAUCGUCGAUGUCAGCAACAAGUUGCAGCAGCAGUUCGACGCCUUGUGCAUGGACGAAGCCUUUGCGACGGCAGCCAUAGUGACGGCGUCGGUCAGGACGAGCAGUCCGUCGGUGGUGGCCAAGACGACGUCGCUGUCUGGCCGUCACAACAACAAGGAUUUACUUAGUGCAGAAGCCAGUGCUUACCUGUUUCGGCUGGCCGAUCCGUCCAUGAUGUUGGUGCGUCCAGACUCGUCGCCCGCUUUGGCGGCGGCCAGCAGCACGUCGACACCUGCAGCCGAUCAAGAAGAGCCUAUCGACGUAGGAGGAGGAGGAUCCAAUUCGUCCACGUCGUCCCGAACGGGGAGACUGAUGGCCGCUGGCGUUUCGAAUGUGUCGGACGUGCUGGGCGCCGGCAUGUCACCCGAAUCGGUCACCGAUUGCGGAUCGCUUUCAAAAAGCUCUUCAGAUGGAGAUCCGGUUGGCGUCGUCAGCCGCAAGCGACCGCCCACCAAACUGAAAUCGCGGCGUCGCAACAUCCUCAGCUUCCCGCACCACAUCAGCGUCGACGAGCUGCGUCUCAUCCAGCGUCGCAAAGAGUCGAUGUACGGAGGAUCGUCGUCGGACGAGAACAGGUCUUCGGGUCACGCCAGCAUGUCGGACGGACACACGAGCUCGUCACCACCCGCCGAGACCCUGCCCAGGCACACGCACUACCGCACCUGCCUCAACGCCGUACCUGAAGAUGACAAGAUGUCGGCCAACUGUGUCACGCCGCAGCAGAGUCACCCGCCCAAGACCAACAAUAACAGAAGAGUAGUGGCCGGCAAGGCCGUGUCGCGCCAUCGGGGUCUCACCGGAGUCAAAGAUGAUCUGUCAUCGCAGCUGGAACACGCCACCGGGCUAGAGGACAUCAAAAUGGCCAUCGAGCAGCUGACGUUGCGCUCGCACGGAUCGCGUACGUCUUACUCGACGUCGACCUAUUCGAGCUUGAGCGGGAGCGAGGGCGGAGCGGAGCCGAUGCGCCGACUCAUUCGUCAUUCCUCCCUGGAAACGAUCAACACCAACGUGACAGUUGCCGACGAGUUCGUUUGGGUCGACUCUUACAAUCGGCUGGUGGAACUCCAACAGUUGCCUUGGUCCAAUCACGAUGUCCUCAGGGUCAUCCAGAACGGGCGCAUCAAAGAGCACCUGGAACGCGUUUCGAUGGAGACGGUGCCACGCCUUUCCUAUUUGCUCCAGCGCGCUUUGGUCCGCAUCGCCAGAGAAACCCAAAGACUCGCCCGUCCGUUGGCCAUGUGUUCCAAACAGGAAGUCUGCUCGGCUCUGCGCAUCGUUCUGUCGCCAGCAUUGGCCGAUAGUUGCAUCAAGGCGUGUUUGCGCGCCGCCGCCAUGUUCACCGUUUCGGGCGAUAUGGUGCGCCAAAGUAAAUCGGCCAGAGCGGCACUGCAACUCUCUGUGGGCCGAUUCCAUCGCUGGAUGUGCGACGUCCGCUUGGGAAAAUUCAUUCACGAUUAUGCUGCUGUUUAUUUGGCCGCUGGCUUGGAAAAUUUGCUAGAAGAGAUCAUGAUGCAGUGCAUGCCAUCGGAUCAAGAGACCCUGCUGACGGCCUCCGUUUUGGAAAACGCCAUCGCUAACAAUGGCGAUCUGUGGGGCUUAUUACAACCCUACGCUCAUCUGAACGCCGGGAGGACUGCUACUGGAGCGUUGUCGCUUCCGAGGUGGCCGUCUCAGUCCGGGUUGGAUAGCGGACUGCGCGGCUCCGGAUCCGUCUCUUCCAACGGCGACGACCACAGCCGUUCGGCCAAAACACUUGAACAAAGUUUACUGACGACUUGCGUCGGGACCAUCAACGAGUUGCACGAACUUCUCCAACGGGUCACUCAGUUCCACUUCCGCCAUAGCGCUCCGUGCCCAGGAGCCACACCCAACGGAGGAUCCAAACAGGCUCUCACCUGGGCAUCGUCUGCUCUUCAUGCCCUCUUUUACUUUAUGCGGUGUUCGCAGUUGGAACACGCAGAACACGCACAGAGAGCUCCCAUCCAGGAACUGGUCUACGAGCGGCCUUACAUCGUGUUGCCACCGCUGAUUGAAUGGGUCCGGGUCGCCAGUGCGCACGCAGAACAUCGCCAUUCGUCCGUAUUGGACAAAGACGAUGUUGCGCAAGCUGCUAGACUUCUUCUACCCGGAGUCGAUUGUCCCAUCAGAGCCUACGGGUUCGAGGAGAUUCUCUGCCCACGACGCCACAUGGACGAUUUGGAGUGCUCACGCAAACUGAAAAUCGAUUUGGCCUUUAAGAUGCUCAGUUCGGCUCGUAGCGACCUUAUUCCGCACGCUUUGCAGCUAUUGCCAUCCACAAAGAUUAACACGGUCAGCGAACACGGACUGACACCUUUGAUGCUGGCCGCUAUCCGCGGAGACGAAACUUUGGCCAAAGUGCUCUUGGACGCCGGAGCCGACGUGGAUGCGGAAACGCCCACGAUUGCCGGAGCGCAAACGCAUCCGGGAGCCUAUCCGAACCCCGAAACUCAACACUGGACGGCGUUGACUUAUACGGCCGUCCAAGGUCAGCUUAAUAUCGCCAAAUUGCUCCUGGAACGAGGGGCUAAUGUGGAAGGUGGAGCUCGACUUAGUGAAGACAAGUGCACGGAAACGCCGUUACAGGUGGCCGUUGGAUCAGGAAAUUUAGAAAUGAUUUCAAUGCUGCUCGCGCAUGGAGCGCGGCCAUUCCUAUCGACAUUAGUAAGAGACACUUUGUGCUACUCUAGCUCUGCCCAAAAAGGAUGUUACAGUGCCAUGGCCGUCGCCGCCGCCCAUGGUCAACGAGCUGUGCUGCACAAGUUGCUCUCGCAUCCGGUCAACGGUAACAGUAAUGCUGAAGUGCUAUCAUUGGAGGAGAUUUUGGCUGAAGGGGCCUCUCAUUUAACCUCGGAUCGUAGACCGACCCGUUCGCAGGGUUCGGGGUCCAGUAGUUCAAGCGACUCGUCCAGGUCGGGUAGCAACAGCGCCAAUGGCGGUGACAAUAAGUUGCAGGUUGUCAAGCUGAACAAAGGACAGAUCAAAGCCCUGCAGGAAGCCAUGUAUCACAGUGCUGAAAAUGCUCAUCUAGACAUUACCUUGGACUUGCGCAACUUGGGGGUCCCGUGGACCCUUCACUGCUGGAUGCACACUCUAGCAACGGCGCACGAACAUUCGCUGGAGAAUGUCAUCGACCAGCUGCUUCAGGACUUUCUACAAGUCUGGGGACCUGAUGACUACUCGACCCAGUUUGUUGACGAGUGUUUACCCAUCAUCUUUAACAUCUUCCGUUACAGCAAGAACGAAGGGACGACUCUCUUGCUGGCCGACAUUUUUGCAACCUGUUAUGGAAGAGAAACAAUCAAAGAGAUUCGUGAUACAUCACUUUGCGGAGGGCCUCGAAUCGAUCCAAAGUUUGUCAACAAUCCAGAAUUAAGUGACGUCCAGUUCCGCGUUGAGGGCCGAGUCUUUUACGCUCACAAGCUCAUCUUAAUCACUGCCUCGCCCCGAUUUAAGAGCAUGCUCAAUUCCAAAUUCUGCGAGGGAAACCCACCAAUUAUUCAAAUCAACGAUAUUCGCUACGAUAUUUUCCAGAUGGUGAUGCACUACUUGUACAAAGGAGGAUGUGAGAAUUUGGACGUCAAUCAGAAUGACGUGUUGGAGCUGAUGGCUGCGGCCAAUUUCUUUCAGCUUGACGGAUUACUCCGCUUUUGCGAAUCUAGGUGUUCCACUCUGGUUGAUUUGGAUAAUAUCGUCUCGAUGUACAUUCACGCUAAGGUCUAUAACGCUGUCCAGUUGUUGGAAUAUUGCCAAGGAUUCUUAUUGCAAAACAUGGUGGCUCUAUUGACUUACGACGAUUCCGUCCGGCGUCUUAUCUUCGGAAAGAAGCUCCACAAUCACGAUGUAUUAGCCGGAUUGUUGUUGACGCUACAAGCGCGCAUCAAGAGCCGCUCCCAGCACAAGUUGAACAAAUGAAAGGAAUGUGUCAUGUUUUGACUGUUUUUUUUUUUUUUAAUUCAGUUCCACUAUGCAUUUUUUUGUAUAACUCCUUUUCAUUAUCCAUUAUCUUUGUCAUGUAUGACACAUCGAGUAAAAUCAGACAAGUCGGUCAAAUAAGUAUUGUUUUGCUCAGCGCAGUGGAUUGAGUUUUAUCCCUUGAAUGUAUAGUGGCCAUGUCCCUUAUCCUCCUCAUUAUGUUUUUAAUAAGGGAUGUGGACUCUAUACAUGAAAUGUACCCAAUUCUUCCCUCCCCCACUCCCUCCAUACGCCAUAACUACAGUUUUUAUGUAUAAUGUCUUUAAUUAUUGUAUUGACUAACAUUUCACCUAAAACUCAGGUUAUGCAAAAACCCGAGAUUUGCGUUGUUAAUUCACGCCAUGAUACACGAGCUUCGUCGAAACUAGUAUUGCAAGGUGAUGGUCUGGAGAAAAAAAGACCUAUGGACUAGUUCCAGUCUCAUGCAUGCCGUCGUGUUAAAACAAAAAGGUUAACAUUCCCUCGACGAAGCUCUCAUUCCCUCUUCUUUUCAAUUACAUACAAAAAAAACUGUCACUCCAUACGAAUUGCUUGCAGGAGGCGACAGAAUUAUAUUCAGCAUAAAGCUCCAGAUAUAUUCCAUGUGUUUGUAAAGCAAAUUAACACGAGUUAGCUGUUGGUGUACUUCUAUCCAUAUUAUGAAAUGCGACUGAAAUAUAUAGUUUUCCCUGAUCGUUA